AUGGCAAAGGCGGCCGAGCGGCGCAGGACGGUCUACUACUGCCGGGAGUGCGGUAACGAGAGCGCCAGGUGGAUGGGCUUCUGCCCCAGCCCCCAGUGCGAUUCCACAAGCCCCCUCGUCGAGGGAAACGUCGUCCCUGCCCAGGCCUCCAGCGGUGCACGUCGCUCUGGAUGGCUUGCCCCGGCUGCUACCGAGGCCCUUUCUCUGGCCGACGUCUCCGUCAAUUCCCAGCCCCGCAUUGCCUUGCCAUCAAACGAACUGAACCGCGUCCUCGGCGGUGGUAUAGUCCCCGGCUCGAUCUCUUUGCUGACGGGAGAGCCAGGCGUCGGCAAGUCAACCCUGCUCCUGCAACUGGCCCACUCGCUUUCGUCAUCCACGGCCUUGCCCGACGCUCGGGACGCUGGUCCGGUGAUGUACGUCUCCGGCGAAGAAUCGCCCGUUCAGGUGAAGCUGCGAGCCGAGCGAAUGGGCAUUAACGGCCAGGGUAUUCUCCUGCUGACCGAAACCGACGUUGACAGCAUUCUCGAACGAUUGGAGAAGACUCAGCCGGGCCUCGUGAUCGUCGAUUCCAUCCAGACCCUGCAGUGUGAGGGGGAAUCCUCCGGCCCGGGCAGCGUCGGACAGCUGCCCGCGCCGCGCCGUGUGUCCAACGGCGUGGACCACAACCGGCUGCUGAUGCUCACCGCCGUUGCCUCCCGCCGCACCGGCCUCGAGAUUGGCGCCCAGGACGUCAUCGUCAGUGUUGCCGGCGGCUUCCGCGCUACCGAACCGGCAGCAGACCUCGCCAUCAUCCUGGCCAUCGCCUCCUGCUACCGCAACGCGCCGCUGUCCCCCGCUGCAGCCUUUGGCGAGGUCGGCCUCAGCGCCGAAAUCCGUGCCGUGCCCCACGCCCAGCGCCGAGUCAACGAGGCCGCCCGCCUCGGCCUCACCCGCUGCAUCCUCCCCCAGUCCUCCCUGCGCGAAAUCGAACCCCCAAAGGACAUGCAACUGAUCGGCGCCGAAACAGUGGGCCAAGCCAUCCGCGCCGCCCUAACCACCCCCCAGGACGAGCUCGACCUGGCAUUCGCCGACGAGUGA